AUGAAAUGCAAGUAUUUGUCAGUAAAGAUAACGGGUACUGUCGGUUUUACCUUUGAUUUCCUACGUCCCUCUCACCGCAUCGCACACCAGGUCGCAGCAUUGGUGGCCAAGUCCAAUUUUCCCGUCUACGACCGGCGGGAGUGUGGCCGAAGCGGUGUAUGGCGCACCGUGCUUGCACGUUGCAAUCCUGCCGGUGACAUGUUAGUGAUGGUUCAAACGACCACUCUCUCGGAAGAGUCUCAGAAACGCUUUGUGGAAGCCCUCCUACCUGAGCUUGAGGGGGUGGGGGUGACUUCGUUAUUUCUGCUGUUCAACGAUGAGGUCACGGAUGCACCGCGACCCAAUGCGGUGGUCACCCACGUGCAUGGAAAGCCCAGGCUUGAAAUGCCCAUGUUGGGCCUCAAAUUGGAGGUUGGGCCCUUGUCCUUCUUCAAUCCCAACACCACUACCUGCCGGUUCUUGAUGGAGACAGCCAUAGCGUUUUUAAAUCUCAAAAAGAACGAGAUUUUGUUGGACAUCUUCUGCGGUAUCGGCACCAUCGGUUUGUGUGCGGCCCAUUGCUGCGACAAGGCCCUGGAAGCCACGAAGUCAUGGGUCAUGGCGAGAACAAGAGAAUCGCAGUGGAGGAGCAAUGAGAUACUGAUACUGUAUAUCUUCCGGUCAUCAACCGUUGGAAUGGAAAAUUGUUGA